AAGUGCUUCGUUCAAUCAACUCGAUCGAAUUCAUCGGCUUAUCACAAUCACCGAAAUCAUUAUUUAGACCCCGUCAUCAAUCGGAUCGGUGAGGUCAAGAAUAUGAUAUGAAGAGGAUACGAUAAGCAAAAUGUCCACUCUAAGAUACAGCAUUCGCUGUCUUAGAGAUCUCCAAACGACCACAACUCGAUUGUCACGGCCUUCGACUUCGAUAAAAAUAUCGACGAAUUCGAAAACAUGUCGAACAUUCACAACAACCACAACCCGCCAAGAUGACGAACUUGGGAAUGCUAUUCAAAGUAGCGAGUCUACAGCUGAUCUGAAAGUACCUUAUGUGCGCCCUAUGCCGAUAUCUCCUUCCUACUUCUCGCGGACUACACAAUUCAACGACAGUUACGUUCUCAUUCAAGAUCUUGCGCGGAAAUAUGGACGACUUCCCACCGUUCCUAAAAGCCAAGUAGAAAGAGUGGCGUGGAAGACAAAAGAACAAUAUCGGUUAUCAAUCGGUGAAGCAGCGAAAGGAAGAGACUAUGCGGCGUGUAUUGGUCUGGUCAAGAGGUUAAAUCAGAUCCACCCCGACCUAAUGCCCCAAGAGGUUAUAGAGGGUAUCCGGCCAUUCAAGCGAGAUAUCAACAUAUAUCUCAAUACCCCAAAACCUAUCCCGAUCGACAAGUUCGGCAGGUCACACGGUGUUGGUAGACGGAAAUCCUCAACAGCGCGAGCCUGGCUCGUGGAGGGGACAGGUGAAGUGCUCAUUAAUGGUAAACCAUUGAAUGAUGUAUUUGGAAGAGUUCACGACCGCGAGAGCGCGCUCUGGGGAUUGAAAUCAAUGAACAGAACAGACAAAUACAAUGUCUGGGCUCUGGUGGAGGGCGGUGGUACUACUGGUCAGGCUGAAGCGCUCGCAAUGGCGAUUGCUAAGGCAUUGGUCGUUCACGAACCAGCGCUGAAGACGCCCCUUAGGAAAGCUGGCUGCAUUACCCGUGAUCCGAGAAGAGUCGAAAGAAAGAAGCCUGGCCAUGUCAAGGCCAGAAAAAUGCCCACAUGGGUCAAGAGAUAGAACGAGCCAUGUAUGGAAAUAUCCAACUACUUUAUGGAGUCAUUGCUAUGUGCAGCUUUGCAGAGGGCGAGUAUCGCCAUUUCCAAAGGGAAGGAUGUAUACCGCAUUGUAGCCCAUACUAUUCAUACAGCAAAAUCAUAUGUAUAAAGGCUAUGUAUCAUUAUGUACCUACUUCGUAUCAUGGAAUGCAUAUGAGACGUCAAAAGUGACGCCCAAAAAGCGAAAUUAUCAACUAGUAAUCUGUGCUUCCCAUGGGAUGGUCUGUGGCCGAUUCCAUUGGUACGCCAGUACAUCGUGCCAAUUCAGGCCAAGUCCUACCUAAUGUACUGUGUGCACCAAUUAAGUCUGGGGUACAAUAUGUAUUAGACUACCUAGGUGCAGAUCGGUCAACCGGGAAAUCGGGUUGUGUUUGUAUCACGUACGACCAACAGGCCGUAGGACAACACGACGCGACGUAACUCGGGCAAAUGCAGCAUCUCCACCGCCUACCACAUUCCAAGGGCAGUCAAUCAGGA